UGAUUUUCAUAGUGGUUUUUUGCAGCAUUAUAAACCUAAAUUUGGCAGCUCUUAUUUUAAUUGGAACAAAGGAAGUUCAUGUUGAAAAGCUGUUUCAAUGUCCGGGAGUAAACACCUCCAUCGUUCUGAACAAUGCGCUUCUGAACUAUCAAAAAACGGUGAUGAACGUGAACGCACAGUUUACAUUGAAGCGACCUGUUGGUGGCAAAAUUGAUAUGAUACUGGAGUUGACCAAAUGCCAGAUAAAAGGAGAAGACACAUGUGAAUUCAACUCUCGACACAGAGUGAUACUCGACUGUAAACAGCUGCACGAUAAGAACAAGAUGUGGACCGAGUUUGUGGAGCACAUCCAGGGAUUGUCCGACAAAUGUCCAGUCGCCGUGGGUACUUAUAACAUGACUGACGCUCCGUUUUCACUCAAAAACAUGGAGCGGCUGCCACUGCAGACAGGCUACUGGAAAAUCUCAUCCAACGGCUACCAACGGAAACAGCUGAUUUUCUGUGUAGAAGCCGAGGUCGACAUUCAGAUGCAACGCAAGCGGAAACUAGGAUGAACAUUUUAAGGCACCAAAAUUAUCAAAUCAUUUACUAUAAAUUAUUUAUUAUACACAUACCUUGUUAUGUACAGUUACAAUCAUAAAUGCAACACCCACUGGCUACCUAGUCAGUCAAUGCAAGGUGGGCUCGACCUUAGUAAACUGUCUUUUCUCAAUACUAUAAAGAAUAUAAAACAUAACAAUAAACACAGCUGAAGAGGCACUCGAUACUAUGUACAUAAGUUUGACAAUAAAUAAUUUGUUAUAUACAAUCAGAUAUGCUUUUCAUAAUAAAAUAAAGCUUUCCUAAGUUUGGUGGGGAAAAUAAUGUUCGAUAUUUAGCGAUUGCAAAACCAUCCAAAGUUAGAGAACAUUGAAAUUAUAAAUUUUGCAAACACUUACCACACAGAGAACUAGUUAUUGCUCACAUUUAAUAGAAAGACUGAAAAAGGCGACAUAAAUGGCAAUAAAACUGUUUUGAGCAACUACUAAACAAUUUGUAAUCUAGGUAAGACCUAAGUUAAUACAUUAGUAGAAAUAAUAUUUA